AUGCAGUUCACUCUCUCCGCUGUUCUGGCCCUCGCUGCCACCGCUUAUGCCCUUCCUCCCUCCGGCCCCUCUGCUGGUGGUGUUGGUAACGCCAACGGCGUCGGCAACAAGGGCAACACCAACGUCCGCUUCCCUGUCCCUGACAACAUGACUGUCAAGCAGGCUCAGGCCAAGUGCGGUGACCAGGCUCAGCUCUCUUGCUGUAACAAGGCCACCUACGCCGGUGACACCACUGAUGUCAACUCUGGCAUCCUCGGCGGUACCCUGAGCAACCUGAUCGGUGCUGGCUCCGGCUCUGACGGUCUCGGUCUCUUCGACCAGUGCUCCAAGCUGGACCUCCAGAUCCCCAUUCUCAUUGCCAUCCCCAUCCAGGAUCUGGUCAACCAGAAGUGCAAGCAGAACAUUGCCUGCUGCCAGAACUCCCCCUCCAGCGCCAACUCCGACCUCGUCGGUGUCGGCCUGCCCUGCGUCGCCCUUGGCUCCAUCAUCUAAGCGCUCUACCAUG